AUCGCAUUCGUUCUUUCCUCGACGACAUUGACUUGGUCAAUCCUUUUUUUCUUAUACCGUGUCAUCCAAUAGACGGCAUUUAGACAUCCUAAGACUUUUUUUUUCUAGCAACGUUAGAUUGGAUUAUUUUCCUGUUUUUGUCUACCAAGCUUAUCAGAUCUCGCAUCACAACUUCAGGCGGAGUUCCGUUAUCGCCAUUAUGGCGAUCUACAGUGCUGUCCCGCCGCCUCCGGAAUUAAUAGCCACGGCGACUGAUUCGAAUCAACAACAGCAACCGCAACAAGAAUCGCAUCAAUCUCCAACUUCGACUCUGCCUUUUACAAGUCCAUCGCCUGGCGUCGAUAUCGAAGCAUGGACGGUUUCUGCCCUCGAGUCACUCAGCAUAUCGGGAAUUGCCCGUGGCACCGGUACCCCGCUAUCAAUUCCUCUAGAUGAAGAAUCCCUCAAGAAAUCAUCGGUCACAAUCCAGGAUCCUCGUGCUAAGUCCACCGCAAUUACUCCACCCCCACGCCCAUUGUCUCGCCGCGAUAGCCAGAAGAGACGAGAGGCAUUGCUUAAGGGUAAAGAGGGCAGUCGACAGCGGCGACGCUGGGAGAAUGACCGUCUGAUCCACGUCCCAAAUGUACAACCCCCCGAGCCUUGGGAUUGGGAACCGCGUCCACUCUAUCCAGUUAAUCACAUCCCUUACCAAAUCGCGGUUGCAUGGGACAAACGAGUUCGUGCCGAGGUCGAGGAGAAGAGAGCUUCUGCUGCCCGUCGUAAGCAGAUACAGACUCGUACGCUAGGCGAUGAGCAUGUUACCGGACGCGUCCCUAAGGAGCUUUUUCAGCGUGCCAAGAAGACUCCUGCUGUGAAGACAUGGGUCCGUUCGCUCGAGGAGCCCGUUCGACAGUAUUUGGUCGAUCAGGAACUUGCAAAGAAACCAACUUCCUCUAAUGGCGAAGAUGAUACAGAGGACGAGGAGAUCGUGUUCGUUGGCCGUGAUGGCAGUAUGCAAGAGGGCUGGAAGAAAGCUAGACGGGAGAAUCAAGGCAAGACCGAGGACGAGGGGAUGAUCUUUGAUGCCUUAGGCAAUGAUGCCGAUAGUGCGUUCAGGCGCUGGAUUACGCAUUCCAUUUCUGAUUACUACGGCUUGAACUCGCGCUCUGUUCUGAUAGGCAGCCCGAAACGCAAGGUUGUCUACGUGCAGAUGAAGACGGGACAUUCACCACCGGUGCAAGCGGAUCUUCCUCGACCUUUGUGGGAGCUUUGCUGAUAGCUGAACAAAGGUUAAAGAAACUACGUCUUUUCUUUCAGGUUCCGUUAGGUUACAGAAUAACAAUCAUGUAUGCAUAGACUUUUCCAGGCAGGUAUAGACUUGCAUUGGUAGAUGGUUCUCUCCACAUAAUUCACCCUAUAGGGAUUAUUCACAA